AUGCGGCCAGUGUCCUGUGCUGACACACCCUGCUGUAUGCGGCCAGUGUCCUGUGCUGACACACACUGCUGCAUACGGCUAGUGUCCUGUGCUGACACACACUGCUGUAUGCAGCCAGUGUCCUGUGCUGACACACCCUGCUGUAUGCAGCCAGUGUCCUGUGCUGACACACCCUGCUGGAUGCAGCCAGUGUCCUGUGCUGACACGGUCUGCUGCAUGCAGCCAGUGUCCUGUGCUGACACACCCUGCUGUAUGCGGCCAGUGUCCUGUACUGACACGGUCUGCUGCAUGCAGCCAGUGUCCUGUGCUGACACACCCUGCUGUAUGCAGCCAGUGUCCUAUGCUGACACACACUGCUGUAUGCAGCCAGUGUCCUGUGCUGACACAUCCUACUGUAUGCGGCCAGUGUCCUGUGCUGACACACACUGCUGCAUGCAGCCAGUGUCCUGUGCUGACACACCCUGCUGUAUGCGGCCAGUGUCCUGUGCUGACACACCCUGCUGUAUGCACCCAGUGUCCUGUGCUGACACACCCUGCUGCAUGCAGCCAGUGUCCUGUGCUGACACAUCCUGCUGCAUACAGCCAGUGUCCUGUGCUGACACACACUGCUGCAUGCAGCCAGUGUCCUGUGCUGACACACCCUGCUGUAUGCGGCCAGUGUCCUGUGCUGACACACACUGCUGCAUGCAGCCAGUGUCCUGUGCUGACACACACUGCUGUAUGCAGCCAGUGUCCUGUGCUGACACACCCUGCUGCAUGCGGCCAGUGUCCUGUGCUGACACACCCUGCUGUAUGCAGCCAUUGUCCUGUGCUGACACACACUGCUGUAUGCAGCCAGUGUCCUAUGCUGACACAUCCUACUGUAUGCAGCCAGUGUCCUGUGCUGACACACACAGUUGCAUGCAGCCAGUGUCCUGUGCUGACACACCCUGCUGUAUGCAGCCAGUGUCCUGUGCUGACACACCUUGCUGUAUGCAGCCAGUGUCCUGUGCUGACACACCCUGCUGAAUGCGGCCAGUGUCCUGUGCUGACACACCCUGCUGUAUGCGGCCAGUGUCCUGUGCUGACACACACUGCUGCAUACGGCUAGUGUCCUGUGCUGACACACACUGCUGUAUGCAGCCAGUGUCCUGUGCUGACACACCCUGCUGUAUGCAGCCAGUGUCCUGUGCUGACACACCCUGCUGGAUGCAGCCAGUGUCCUGUGCUGACACGGUCUGCUGCAUGCAGCCAGUGUCCUGUGCUGACACACCCUGCUGUAUGCGGCCAGUGUCCUGUACUGACACGGUCUGCUGCAUGCAGCCAGUGUCCUGUGCUGACACACCCUGCUGUAUGCAGCCAGUGUCCUAUGCUGACACACACUGCUGUAUGCAGCCAGUGUCCUGUGCUGACACAUCCUACUGUAUGCGGCCAGUGUCCUGUGCUGACACACACUGCUGCAUGCAGCCAGUGUCCUGUGCUGACACACCCUGCUGUAUGCGGCCAGUGUCCUGUGCUGACACACCCUGCUGUAUGCACCCAGUGUCCUGUGCUGACACACCCUGCUGUAUGCAGCCAAUGUCCUGUGCUGACACACACUGCUGCAUGUGGCCAGUGUCCUGUGCUGACACACCCUGCUGUAUGCGGCCAGUGUCCUGUGUUGACACACCCUGCUGUAUGCGGCCAGUGUCCUGUGCUGACACACACUGCUGUAUGCAGCCAGUGUCCUGUGCUGACACACCCUGCUGUAUGCAGCCAGUGUCCUAUGCUGCAUAUGGCCAGUGUCCUGUACUGACACACACUGCUGCAUGUGUGCUCCCAGCUUUCUCCAUGGUGAGAAAAGCCGCUGGUGAAAGAGAAUUUAUUAAGUUCCCCCAGGUUGCAACAGUGGAUCCCCAAGGUCUCUAUCCAGCAGCAGGCUUGAAUAUUCCUCAUAUGACAUGAAGCAUGCCUUUGGAUGACCUUUAAGAGUAGUUUUGCUAUUUUAGAUGGAGUUCAUUUUGCCACUAAUUUUGCUACCCCAUCAGACCUGGUUAUUCACAUUUUGCAUAGAGCUCUCUCUCUCUCUUUAUCUAUCUAUCUCUCUGUUUGUCUCUCUCUCUCUCUGUCUGUCUCUGUCUCUCUCACUGUCUUUCCAUCUCUGUUUGUCUCUGUGUGUGUGUCUCUCUCUCUCUCUCUCUCUCUCUCUCUCUCUAUCCCUUUCUCUCCAUCUUCCACUCUUCCUCUCCAUCUUCACUCACCAUUACUCGCCCGAUUGCAGAA